AUGCCUGGACUGAUCGUCAACCCGGAAACCCCACACUAUGUACCGGCGCCUCCCACCAAAGUCGAUUUGGAAUAUGCCGAUUUGCCCAUUAUUGAUUUUUCGGAAAUGGCGACUAAAGAAGGACGUUUAAAGCUCGCUCAGCAAGCACGCGAUGCUAUGGCGGAGCAUGGAUUCCUUUAUGUUAUAAAUCACGGAUAUACUACAUCUGAGACUGAAAGAAUAUUUGACAUUGCCGAUAUACCAUUUUCCAGGGUAACGGAAGAAGAAAAGAAGACGUAUGUUGCACAGAUAAAGCAGACGGGCUCCUACCAAGGUUAUAAACCGCGUCAAUACUGGCACAUCGAUGGUGGUGUUCGGGACCAACUAGAGCAUUACAAUAUCAAUAAAGAUGUCAAUAAACGCCAGCACCCUGAGGCUCUGCGUCCUUUCCUGCCUGAGAUUGACAGGUUUGCUCGACAUAACCAUGAAGAAGUCCUAUACCCCAUUCUGAGGCUUUUGGCUGUUGGAAUGGAACUCCCCGAGGAAACGUUCGUUAAUAUGCAUGGAUUCUCCAGCAUUGGCGAAACAUACGGUGCGAACUCAACAGAGAACAAACGCAUCAUAGACCUAACCUACUCUUUUGAUAAACAUAGUUAUCCUAGGUCUGAAGAGGAAGAAAGUAAGACGAAAAACGUUUGGUUAAAAGGUCACACAGACUUUGGGACUAUUACAAUUCUGUACAGCCAGCCAGUUGCGGCGCUCCAGAUCCUAACCAAGGAUGGUAAAUGGAAAUGGGUUAAACACAUUGAAAAUGGCCUGGUGAUCAACGUAGGAGAUUCACUCGAGUUUCUUUCUGGCGGAUUCUAUCGCGCAACAAUUCAUAGAGUCGUACAACCACCGCCGGAUCAACACAGAUACACCCGUCUUGGUGCAUUUUACUUUGCCUUGACUGAUGAUAAUGUCAAAUUAGCACCAAUUAUGGAGAGCCCAGUUCUCCAAAGAUUUGGAGUAACAAAAAGAUUUGACGGCGUCGAACCUCCUACCAUGGAAGCGUGGAGGAAAGGUAGGACGGCAGCAUAUGGGCAAACAGAGCUGAAAGCCAACGAGAAUGGAGUGGAAGAAGAGAUCAUCAAUGGUGUCGUAGUCAAGCAUUACAAUUGA